GAAUUUCUUGACGGUAUGCAAAAUGUUGGAAUCUGCCACUCGGCAAUUGAAAAUAAGUACAUGAAAUAUUGAGGUUUAAAGGCUUUUAUUUAAACCUACAUGCUUGGAUCAGCUGUGACUAUAUAAUCAUACUAAACUACGUUUGCUUUAUAGUUACUCUGUGACUAGGUCGAAAAUUAAGACUUAUUCUUACACACAGCUUUUAGGAAAUUUUAUAUAAAAUGUUUCUAUGGUUUCACCCAAAUAUAUCCCAGGUACCGAAAUGUCUUUAUUGAAGUUCAGAUUUUUACAAAGAACUCUAUCCUACUUCAGUCUGGGAGGUGGUGCUAUAUAUCCAUAUCAUGGCUCAGAUUUUAAUGCGUAAACCUAUACUCAGUAAAUAAGCUGUAUUAAAGUAUGCUUACCGUAAGAGCUCGUAGACAAUAAAAUAACGAGUGAUUCUUAAAAUCCCGAUUUCAGUGUGCAACCUGGUAAGAUUAUGUUCGUUUAAGGUCAGAAGGUGAUGUUAUAUUAUUAUCCUAUAUUCACAAAUGCAUACUCACGAGCUUCGAGACCAAUUUUGCCCAAAUUGAAACAAAUAUACAGAUACGUCUUAUUAGGUAUUAUACAUAAUCCGAUUUUUAAUUCCAACUCUUCCGUUUCGUAAAAUUAACUGGCACCAUUCGACUAACUAUAAAAUACUUAUUUUGUUCCUUUUUGACUCAAACCAAUGUUUAUUCAGGUUGAACUCACUUCACAUUAAAAAAAUCUAAGCGAACAAUCGUAUCCAUUCUUCUUGGGGCAAGUUUAAAUGAUUGGAUGAGGUAAAUUUAUUAACAUCCAAUAAGACGCAUUUAACAAAAUCUGUUCUUUCACCACUAUAUUGACUUUUGAACUUAUUCGUUCUAUAUUUUUGUUUAUUGUUUUGUAAAAUUCAGGGUUUCUGAACAAAAGUGUUAUUGUGGUGCGUCUACCUGCUCUGGUGUAAUGGGGGCGACCAGCAAAUAUUUGCAAGAAAAAGUUCGCAUGAAAGACACUACAAUGGUUGAAAGACGCAUUCUCCAACUCCUUCAAUUAGAUUCGUUCAGAAAUGCAGACGAUAUAACUCUGUUAUUACAAGUUAUGGUUCAAGAAUGCCUUACAAGGUACACUCGACUGCAGCUUCUCAGCCGUCUGAUUAAAACAGAAAACGAUGCUUGUCUUAAACUUUUUCGACAGUAUAAUGGUCUCGAUAUGUUGGCGGCCUUUAUGUGUGAUGCAGCGCCGAAAGAUUGGGAACUCAAAAAGCAGAUAUUAGUUUGCUUGAAACACAUCCCUGUUUCAGAGCAAAAACAGGUACAGUCGAAUUCACGCCUUAUGGAAAUAGUAGCACAGUGGACUUCCAAUCCUCACCACUGUCGGGCACGUAGUAUUCCUCCCGAGUCGUGGAAGAGUGCUGACGUACAUAUAGCAGAUACUUCAAAUGUUACUUUGGUUAGAUUUUCCACUGAUGAACUCCCUAUGGAGUCGAAUUUCGACUCUGAUGAAACAAAAUCACUUUCUAAGAGUACCAAGGACAAUGAAUCAUCUUCGAUACAAACAGGUGAUAAAAAUAGUGAUUUUGCUGCAUCACCUUCGAGUUCCGACUCAUUUAGUUCUUCCUUGAAGGAGAAUGCAUCAUGUGUGUUGCAUGCUUCGACACUCCCAGUUUACGAAGAAGGAUUUAACGCUAUCAUUCAAACUUCUGAUUGUGAUAUGUCCCCCGUAACUGUUGUGGAUGAUGAUAAUGGUGAAAUUGAAAUCGGAUAUGCAGCCGACAACAACGAAAUAAAUAUGGAUACUGAAGAAUGUAAAGCUAAGACGAAUGAGGAAUGGAUAGAAGAGAUCAAGGCUUUGGCUUGUAGACUGCUUGAAAAAUGGUCUAAAUUACCGAAGGAAAACUACCGGAUACCGCGAUUGGAGCGUCAAGAGACCGAGAAAAUGCUUCAUAUAUCAAAUCCAAUUGGUUCUUCUCUUAUCUCUUGGGGAUCGGAAUACAAAGAUGAACAAGCAAUAUCCAAUAAAUCUUGGACUCAGAAUAGUAGCAGUAAAUUCCAGUCAAAUAAAACGUAAGUUUAAACACGAUUAUCUACUCUCCAUUCAUUGAUUACCUAUGCGUUUUCCCAUAUUAAAUAAUUCCAGAACAGUGACAGGAUACCAACUGUUUGCCGUUCGAAUCAGUCAGUAAAGCACUUAAAUUUAAUUAAACCUACUAUCACUCUUUUAUCUUAACUAGUCUUUGCUGGAUUGUUGUUGUUUGAGGAAGAUUCACGUCUUCAAAUGUACCACUUCCGAUCAUCUGCGUGACAAACUGGUUUCAUCUUUCAUUCGAGAGCAGAAUGGUCCAAAAGCAUCCAACAGUUCGUCAUGUUUGUCCAAAGCUGAGAGACGUAUGCUUUUCGAAGCUCAAGUUAAAGCUAAUGAAAAUCAAUGUUCAUCUGAAAAUUCUGUUCCUACAUCGGAUGAUUUUGUGCAGACAAAUCCAUCUAAUGACGAAAAGGAUACAGAUCAUCUUCGUCAGGUAAUUUUUUUGCUUGUUUCUUACCUUUAUUUACUUAUGAUUCCAUUUUUCUACAACAUUUUAUCAAAUCCAAAUAUAUUGUUUGUAACAGCCAACAAUUAAUUUCCUGAUCAAUAUUAAUUUAUCAUUUUGUUUUGUUUAAUCCUAUCGUAUUUUAGUAUUACUUUUCCAGUCAAUAUGAUGGCUGCUCCCAAACUUCUGUGAUAAAAUCAAAAUCUAAGAUUUGUUUUUUCUAGAAUACUAC